GGGAAAAUGAAAGCGGAAGUGAUUAACUGCGCAAGUGCAAGAGAAGUAAACGUACGAUUUGCGUUUCCGUUUGUAUACAAAAGGAGAAGCCGCCAAAGACAUUUUUGAGCAAUCUUACGCCAUCCUGCAAGAAAAUGACGGCCUUAAUGCAGAAGCCGAAAAGUGAGAUGACUCCAGAGGAGCUUGCACAGCGAGAACAGGAAGAGUUCAACACGGGUCCUCUGUCUGUUCUCACACAGUCUGUAAAAAACAACACACAGGUCCUCAUCAACUGCAGAAACAACAAGAAACUCCUCGCCAGGGUCAAGGCUUUUGACAGACAUUGUAACAUGGUUUUAGAAAACGUGAAAGAGAUGUGGACAGAAGUACCAAAGACAGGAAAAGGAAAGAAAAAGUCGAAACCAGUGAACAAAGACAGAUACAUCUCUAAAAUGUUCCUCCGCGGGGACUCAGUGAUUCUGAUUCUUAGAAAUCCAAUGGCGACCGCCAAGUAGGGGAAAAAGUGUGUGAGAGUAGGGCAGGGAUAUUAUAGAACAGAAUUGUAACUGUGUAAAGAUGGGGAAUCAGAAUGGCCCGAAGCAAGAUGUAAGCAAGGACGAGAUGGAGACAAAGCUGACUUCUUUUAAACAGAUUAGCCAGAAGGCCAGAAUCUUGUUCUGACAUCUAGGGAGGGUUUGGGGGGUAUUAAUUAUUACUGGAUUUUGUUUUUCAUAAGCUGAUCGUUUGCAAUUAUUGAUGAUCAGUUAAUGUUUUGUAUACAUGUUGAGAUGGUUUUACAUAAUUUGUCAUUUUAUGUCACGUACAUGUCUGUAAUAUGAGAGCAGUUCAUCUUUCAUUUAUUGUCAUAAAAUCAUGAAAACUUUUA